AGAAAUACAGAAGAGUGUAAAAGGAGUUUGAGCUGUGUCCAUCAUGUCUUAUUACGAGCACAUUGUGAUACCAGAUUCCGAUUUUGACUACAAUGACUCAAAUUCCGGGUUUGGAUCUGGCUUGGGGGAUCUAGGAGCUGGACUUGAGGAGCCGUGUGACCGUGAGCUGCUGAGCCCUGGCGUGCAGCGUAUCUUCCUCCCUGUGGUGUACGGUUUGAUCUUCACCCUGGGGAUAACCGGGAACGGCCUGGUGGUAUUUGUUCUGGGCUGCCAGCGGACGGCCCGGCUCAGCCUGACGGACCGCUAUCGGCUGCACCUCUCUGCCGCAGACUUGCUGUUUGUGCUGGCGCUUCCAUUCUGGGCCGUGGACGCCGCCCUGGGGAACUGGUGUUUUGGGGCGGUCUGGUGUGUGGGUGUCCACGUCAUCUACACUGUAAACCUGUACGGCAGUGUGCUGAUCCUGGCCUUCAUCAGCCUGGACCGCUACAUGGCUGUGGUCAAAGCCACGGACACCAGCACCACACACACCCGGCAGCUGCUGGCCCACAGGCUGGUGUAUGCUGGAGCCUGGCUGCCUGCCGCCCUCCUGGCUAUUCCCGACGUGGUGUUCGCCCGGACCCAGGAAGCGGGGGACGGGGAGAUGGUGUGUGCGAGACUGUACCCAACGGAGAACGCCCCACUCUGGGUGUCCCUGUUCCAGCUGCAGACGGUGGUGAUGGGUCUGGUGCUGCCAGGCCUGGUGCUGUUGGUGUGUUACUGGGUGAUUGUCUCCAGACUGACCCGGGGCCCUCUGGGAGGCCAGAAGCAGAAGAGGAAGGCGGUGCGAACUACAGUUGCUCUGGUCCUCUGUUUCUUCCUCUGCUGGCUGCCAUACUGCAUCGGCAUCACUGUGGAUGCUCUCCUCCGCCUGGAGCUUAUCCCGCGGGGCUGUAUGCUGGAGUCAGGGCUGGGAGUGUGGAUAGCGGUGUCUGAACCAAUGGCGUAUGCUCACUGCUGCUUGAAUCCGUUGCUCUAUGCCUUCCUGGGAGCAGGUUUCAAGAGCUCUGCUCGCCGCGCCCUCACACUUACUCGAACCUCCAGCCAGAAAAUUGGGUCACGUAGACGAACAGGCGCCAUGACGUCCACAACAACUGAGUCGGAAUCAUCUAGUCUGCACUCCAGCUAACAGACACAAUACGCUAGGACUUGUGUGGUGUGUCAGUUGUUAGAUUGCUCUGAUGAGAGUGUCUGUUACGGGACUAAAAUGUCAAUGUAAAAUAUGUGAGAAAGCCGCUGGUCAGUUUUUCUCUGGUGUCUCAUACCUUGCCAUCUUUCACUGUUUAUAUAUAAACACGGUGUAUUCACGGUAUAUUAGCAUUUGUACUGCAAACAUUUGUAAUAAAAAUGAUUUUAAAUA